UCUCCCCACAGGAAUCCCCAGAGCUGCCGAUGCCCCCAUUGAUGGCAGGCCCCAAGCUGCUGCAUGACCCCUAUGGGGACAAACCUGCUGCUCACGUUGUGGCCUCCUCCUCCUCCCCCUCCCUCCAAUGGGCCGCCGACGUGGCUCCCGCGCAGAUGCGCAACGGGGUCCGUCUCCACGGCAACCGCCUCGUGGUCCCUCGCGACGGCCUCUACUUCGUCUACGCCGCCGCCGCCUUCCACGGGGGAUGGGAUGAGGAUGAUGAUGAUGAUGAUGACGACAACAAAGCGGGGGAGGGGCGAGGCUGCCCCUCCCCCCCCUCCCCCCCUCCCCCCCCUUUGCUCCGCUUGGCCGUGUCCCGUUAUUCCCAAGAGUAUCCCCAGGAUGUGCCCCUGCUCACGGCCGUGCGCUCCGUGUGCGCCGGAUGCCAUAGAGACCGGAGGCGGUGUUGCUAUGGAGACCGGAGAUGCCGUUGCCAUGGAGACCGGAGAUGCCGUUGCCACGGAGACCGGAGGCGGCGUUGCCACGGCGACCGGCAUCCCCGCUGUUGCCGUGGCGACGGGCUGUGGGUCGAGUCCCUGUACCAGGGCGCCGUGUUCCAGCUGCGCCGAGGGGACCAAUUGGCCGCCACCACCACGGCCGGGAGGUUCCUGGACCUGCACGGGGGGGGGAGGGCUUAUUUUGGGGUGGUGGGGGUGGAUUGA